UCAAUUCCGGUUCCGGUUCUAAGCUAAAGAUUGGUGACAUGUAACAUAAAACAUAUUUCUAUCACAGAUUUGCAGUUUUAAAUUACUGUAGAGACUCAUGAUUUACAUACCAAUUGAAAGAAGUACAAAAAUAACAAUGACUUGAUUGGCAUUACUGCCUUGAAUGAAAAUUACCCGUCAUGGUGGAAUCUUAUGGCAGUGGUCUGCCAAAACACGCAAUCUACAACACUUCUUCAAGUUGGAUGAAGUAUGUGAUUAUUUUAGCUGUGUCAAAGUUCCUUCGAGCUGCAGGUCUUUUCUUGUCUUAUGAUUUACUGAAGAUCAUCCCAGUGGUGCAGUUUCUGUUUAUCAUCAAAACAGGGAGUUCACUACCACUACUUAUAUUACAAAAGCCAUUUUCAUCAAGUAAAAGAUUAUCAAAAUCCCAGUGGUUUAGAAUAGGAAAACAUGCAGUUUUUGGUGCAUUUCUGAGUCUAUUGUGGCUUUUUGGGUUGACAUUAUGUGGACCUUUAAGGACAAUACUUUUGUUUGAACAUAGUGAUCUAGUUAUCAUCUCUGGUGCCAGUGCUCUAUUUACAGCAAAUGGAGGGGGCCCAGCAAAGUCUAGAGGAGCUGUGUUUUUCCUGAUUGCCAUUUUGACGCUGUUGUUAUUCGAUCAUGAUGAAGAGCACAGUCACCAUGAUCAUGAUGGAAAUCACAAACACAGCAAUGUAUUUACACAUGUAUUUUAUCAUAUAAUAAAUUCCAUUGGAUGGUCAGACCAUAAGGGUGGAGUCGUCCUACUGUCAAUCACCUUAUUCCUACAAAUUGGAUACAACAGUGCCUCAAAGAAAUUAUCUGUAGAUGUUGGUGGUUCUAAACGUCUUCAUGCUAUGUCUACAUUUAUACAAGCAUUUAUUAUGUUCCCAUGGGCAAUGUUCAUUGCAAUGACCAAAGAGAGUGACAUAGAUUCUUGGUUAUACCUCCUUUUCCCACUAUUUCUUGUGAUAUUAUUUGUGCUUGUGAUAGACUUCUAUAUAGAAGCAGUUGUUAUUAACCACCUACAGCCACCAAAGACUGCAGUGUAUGGGGCAUAUGCAAUAUUUCUCUCAGCUUUAUUUCUUGCUUUAACUUGGAAUCAUCCAUUAGUUUCUAAAAUCACCACCAUUAAAGAGAUUAUUUCAAAUGAUCAUGUUUUGUCUGGGGGAGUUGUAUUCAGUUUAGCAGUAUUCAUGUUAGCCACCAAUAUGCUAGCAUGGCCCAGUAAAGGGACAAAAGGUGGAAGUUUUAUUGGCUACUCAGCAACUGGAUUACCUUUGUAUAGUUUUACUGGUGAUGCAAUAUCUAAAACAUCACAUUCAGUAAUCACCAUACUUAAAAAUGGACUGAAACAAAUAUAUGAAGAAUCAGACUCCCGGAGAAUAUUUUAUUUCCUAUGUAUAAAUUUGUGUUUUACAUUUGUUGAACUUGUAUAUGGUGUGUGGACCAAUAGUUUAGGCCUGAUAUCAGAUGGCUUCCAUAUGUUAUUCGAUUGUUCAGCAUUAGUUAUGGGGUUAUAUGCAGCCAUCAUGAGUAGAUGGAAAGCCACGAGAAUAUUUUCUUAUGGCUAUGACAGAGUAGAAGUUUUAUCAGGCUUUAUUAAUGGUCUGUUCUUGGUUGUGAUUGGUAUAUUUGUCUUCACAGAAGGACUAGCUAGAUUAUUUCACCCACCAGAGAUACACACAGAAAGAUUGUUUGCUGUGUCUGUAAUGGGUCUUUUGGUUAAUUUAAUUGGUAUUGUGGCCUUCAGAGGUGCACAUGGGCAUAGCCAUGGAGGACAUGGACAUAGUCACGGGGGUGGAGGACAUGGUCAUUCCCAUGGAGGCCACAACACAAACAUGGAAGGUGUAUUUCUACAUAUUUUGGCUGAUACACUAGGCAGUGUGGGAGUGAUCAUAUCUACUGUACUGAUAGAAAAUUUUGGCUGGAAUAUAGCUGAUCCCAUAUGUUCAUUAUUUAUUGCUACAAUGAUAUUGCUGAGUGUUCUUCCGCUGCUAAAAGAAACAUCUAUGAUUUUAUUGCUCCGUUCUCCGAGCGAUGAAGAUUCAGAUAUCAACAGAGUCUUACAGAAGGUGCUUAAUAUAGAAGGCAUACUGGCUUACAGAGAACCACAUUUCUGGCAGCACACAGCUGAUAAAAUUUAUGGCACAGUACAUAUACAUGUUGUACCAGAUGCUAGUGAACAAAAAAUAAUUGCAUAUGUAACAAAUUUAUUCAAAGAGAUUAACAUUAACACUGUAACAGUACAGGUGGAGAAAGAAACAUAUUACUUCCACUUAUCAGGACUUGGUGCUAAUUGUGACAGUUAUAAUGACUUUGGAAACUCAAAAUUCUUUCAAAAUGGUCAACCUGUAAAAGAUAUAUAAAAUUUCAAUUACAAUGGUACAGGGAUUGAAUUUAAGCCUCAAAUAUAAGAUUGGUCGUAAGUCUCCUGUGGAAUCAUAAAAAACAAUAUUAGUAAAUUCAUAAUGAAGAAUAUUUCCAAUGCAGGGAUGAUAGCAGGGAUGUUAUAAUGUGGACUGUUGAGUUUUAAAAGAUAUAUUGUAUUUUUAAAAUAUGACCAUGUUGGGAUUGAUAAAAAAAUAAUGGUAUUUAAAAGUGAAUUCCAUUAAAAAAAGUAAUAGUGAUAUGAAUAAAAGAAGACUUGAGACAUACAUCAAUGAUAUAGAAACCCAACAACACAAUUAAAACAAGAAAACACAUUGUGGUCCACCCCAUAUGUCAAGCUCUUAAUCACCAGCUGAUCUGUGAGUUUGAUUUUGCAUACACAUGAUGUUUGACGAACACUUGAAAAUUGAGUUUAGGCUCCGUUUUGAAGGCCGUACCUUGACAUAUAAUUGUAAACUUUUUAUACAUUGUGACUUGGAUGGAGAGUAGUCUCAUUGGAUCUUCUUAUUUAUAUAUGUAUUUUUCUCCUCCCAUGUUAAUGCUUUCUUAAUUUGUUGGCUUUUAAUAAAACUGAAAAUGACGUAAUUAUUUGUAUUUAAACCAAAUAUCAGUGUUAUAUUAUUCUGUGUUAACUGUAACCAAAGUAAGGGGACACUGUUACUUAGAAUUGCCUGUAAAUGUACAAUUUUGCCUGAAUUGUGCAAAAUAUUUUCACACUUUUGAUGUAUAAUCUGUUUAAGUUCUAUAAAUCUUCAAAAUUAAAUCAUUAAAAACAUAAUGAGCAACCAUUUACUAAUUAACAAAUGAACCCAGAUAAAUAUGGUCAGACUUUGUAUAGCAAUUAGAUUAACCAAUACAUAUGAAAUAAGGUUUUUGUCUGGCCUCAACAAAGAAAAAAACGCAGGACUUAGGCAUGCUGUUUUUGACAGCGGCGUCAAUAAUGUAUGAAUUUGUGAUUAGGUCAGUUUAAGGGGAACCACAUGUGGUAAGUCAAUGAUAUCUGGUAUCAGUUGUAUUAGCAUUGGCACAUCUAAUUUCAAUGGAGGUUAUUUGGCCCUGCACCCUCAGUUAUGGAAAAUUCUAAUGCAAUUAUUUUGUAUCAAUGGUUCUGAUUGGAUGACAGUAAGCGUAAAAUUCUCUAUCUCCUUGUCUGUAACUAAGGAAGCCGACAUUUUGAAUUGCGGAAUGUAUUGACAUGUAAUUUCUACAAUAAUAAGCAAAAAAAUCACAUGUUGCACCUAGAAAUCUUCUUUUUAUCAAAUUUUAUUACAUUCUGAAGCGGUCAAGAAGCCAGAAAACGCCUGGUGUUUACGUUUGACGUCGGAAGCAUACCUAUGACGUCACCUAGUUUAGGGGCCAAAGAAGAUAACAUCUUUUCGUGGAAUUUUCUUUAAUGAAAAUUUUACACUGAAAUAAUGAUUGAAAUUGAAUUAUGUACUUGUUUUGCAUUAGAAUAGAGAUAACCAUAUUAUAUUUGAAGCUUUGUGGACAUCCAUUGGUAGUUUUACUGUCGCAAAUACCUGUUUACCUGUCUCCGCUACUCGUCGCCAGGUAAACUAAAUUUGGGACAGUAAAACUACCGAUGGACGUCCGCAAAGCUUCAAAUACAAUACAGUUAUCUCUUAAAUGACUUUGAAUGAUGUGCAUAGUUAAGUUUACAGUUAAAGUAUUGCCAUUUAAAUUUCAACAUUUGCAUUAUACUAUCAAAAUUACAUAAAGGCAAGACAUAUCUCUGUGUCAACAGUUUACUAAUAACUUUUUUGGAAGAUUUGUAGAACUCAGACAUCAAAAAGACUAUCUUAUAAAAGGUUGUAGCAAGAAUAUUUGUGAAUUUGAAAAAGUGAAAGAAAAAACCCUUUAUUGCAGUAGCAAGGUAGUAGAAUGAAAUAUUCCAUUUUCUAAUUUGGAUAAUAUGCACCAGAAUUCAUGGAAUAGUCCUGUAAAUAUUAAAUUAUUGGGAAAGCGGAUUAAUAUUAAAGUAGCUUUGGAUUUCAGUGUCAAUACUCACAAUUUUUUUUUGCCCUUGAACAAAGUAGUACUAUAAUAAUUUAAAGAGUUGUUAUUAAAUUCAUUAUUUCAAAAACAAAAUGUCAAUACCAUUUUGUUUUCAAGGAAUAAUUGUGAUUUUUUUAUGUAUUAAUUAUUUGUUUAACUUUUUCAAGCUAGUGAGAAUAUGAUAAUGGCAAAGAGUUGUACUCUGGUGUUGGAAUAAAACAAUUGCUUUUAUAUCGUUUCUAUUUAUUAAAGUGCCAAUUAGGAAUAAUUUGAAUAAUUUAUGUGCAAGUACUACUGUAAAUUCAGAAAUUAUUGUGAGGUUUUUAUAAAUGUAAAUAAUGCAACUUGGUAAGUUACAAUAAUAAGAACUCACAUUCUGAUAUCUGAUACAUGUAUCUUUAUGCAGAUUUACCUAAAAUUGCAUUAAUUAAUUUCCAAUUUUUGUCAAUUCUUGAAAAUCACAAUAAUAAAUGCUUGCAAUAAUUUCUGAAUUUACAGUAUACUACUUUAAAUGUUCAGUAGACAGAAGUUAUAGGUAGUAAAAUAUUAGGUUCAAAAGUUUACAUUAUAUUUUUGUAACUGUUGUUAGAUAUUUGAAUCAUAUUUUAUGAUUAUUGGGGACCAAUAUUGGGAACUUAUUCAAAUCUAUUUUGAAAACAAUAUCUGAAACUGGUUGGAAUUACAUGUUUGUUACAAAAAUGCCAUUGGCGAUAAAAUAUUUACCUGUCAUUAAUUUACAUUUAUAUAAGUGUAUAUUAGUAUCUUUUAAAAUAUGCUUUAAAACAAUGUAGAUCUGAUUUUAUUAUAAUUUAUUUUGUCAGGAAUAAUGUUAUUUUUAAACUGAACAUACCAAAUCAAAAUAAAUAUUUUUUGCAUAUACA